UAAAACUGGUCCAACGAUAUAUUUAUAUCGACUAUCAGAGAUACGUUGCAACGCAGUUGAGAGAACGUUUUGAAGAGUGGAUUUCCAGAAUUCGCUCUAAAAUUAUAGGGUCUUCAGUUAUUUGUGUGCUAUCAAUAUAAUUUUUUUUUUUUGCGAAAUGGAUUUCACCAACCGUAAAUACCUACAAAAAUGCUGUGAUGGGAGAUAUUCUGAUGGGAAUGUUGCAGAUUGUGAGGCAUCAGACGCAAAUGAAUUGGUCAAAAAAUCUAAACGAAAAUCGUUUCCAAUCAUGAUUCAUCAGCUUAUGCAAAUGUUUGAUAUAGAUAUAAUUGGCUGCGAUGGAAAAUGGAGCCUAUUUGUCGCUGCUGCAUCAAGUCAUAGAUGGAAAGAACUACUGAUUCCCAUUCCUCCUUUUAAAUCUGGGUCUACAUUUGAUAUCAAAUGGUUGUUGCAAGUUAUAAAAGAGACACCUAAGUUUAGUACUCUGUAUGAUCUUAUUUUAAAAAGAAAUUGUGAUGUCUGUGAGCGGUACGUUAUUGAGCUUUUGUACAUCGUAUUGCUAACAAUGAGUGAACCAAAUUUUCAUAUGCUAAAACCUUAUAAAUUACAAACCAUAAUAGGUAUCACCUAUUUAAAUAUGAAUGAAAUAAGACCAACGCAUGCCUUUGAAAUGCGCUUUGCAAACCCUGCAAAACAAGAAGAAAAAUUUGAAAGCGUAUCUUCAAAUUUUUGUAGAAAAUUUGGAUUUUAUGGUGCACCACCUUCAGAAUUUUAUUCGAUAUUAUUUAACGGAUUCUUAAGUAAAGAAAUAAAGCGCCCUACCAACGAGGAAAAUGCAGAAGUUAAACAGAUACACUUAACUACGGAUCUUUCUGUAAGUUUAACACAUAGUGUUGCGGAACCCUCUUGGAGCUUAUCGACUUGCGGUGCCGUUUUGAGAUCUGUAGCAAUUUGCGAAUACAUAGAGCGUCCCGACUGUGUGCAUGUUAGGAAAGAUGCUGAUCAGGAACACACCGAUAUAUUCAUUAGUAAGGGUGAAGUUAUUCGAGUUCGGCAUAUGUUGUUUUUUGGUGAAGAAAUUCCUUCUCUGCAACCUGAUGGACAUAUUGAAUAUGUGGAAGAAAUUAUCAACGGGCAAGAAAAUGAACCUCCUAAGCAAGAAAAUGUCCCUCUUGAGCAAGAAAAUAACCCUCUGGAGCAAAAAACUAAUCUGCUUGAACAACAAAAUAACCUGCUUGAGGAAGAAAAUAAGACGAAUUUCUUAGCAAUUGGAUGUUGUGCGGUGGCUGGCAUAUCUCUGUUUUUCAUGUACAAACGAAACAUUUUAGGUUUAAGGACAUUCAUAGAAUGCAAGUGUGAUGAAUUUAUUGACGAAUUAGUGACUUGGUGUGUUCGUCGCGAGUAAAUCAAAAAUUAAAUUAUGUUGGAAAGAUACUUAAUA